AUGUAUGCUAAAUGUGGGAGUUUGAAGUCUUCCAUUACUGUUUUUCGUGGAAUAGAGAAGAAGGAUCUUGUUUCGUGGAGGACUAUGAUUCAUGGAUGCGUAGAAAAUGAUUGUUUUAAUGAAGCUUUGAGUUUGUUGUCUGAGAUGAGGUAUUGUCGCUUUGAGCCGGAUGAGGGUGUUAUUCGUGAAUUGAUUGGAGCAGUGUCACAACUGCAUGAGAUUAAAAUUGGACAGUGUUUCCACAGCUUUGUGCUCAAGCAGGGAUAUCUAGGAUGUGUUUCGGUAGUGACUGCUCUUCUUCACAUGUAUGGUGGUUUUGGUGAUAUUGAGUCGGCUGGGAGCCUGUUUGAUCCCCUGAAAUCAAAGGAUCUUAUUGCCUGGAGUACCAUGAUUGCAGAAUAUUCCCAAAGUGAGUGUCCUAGUAAUGCGCUUGAUAUAUAUCAACAGAUGCAAUCAGCAAAUGAGAAGCCUAAUGAGAUCAUCUAUGUUAGUUUAAUACAGGCUUGUUCUUCGAUGGCUGCUGAAGUGAUUGGAGAAGGGAUACACGCACAAGUGAUAAAAUCGGGAAAUUCAUCCAAUGCAUUUUUGAUAACCUCACUUAUUGACAUGUAUUGCAGAUUUGGACGCAUAAGCCAAGGAGAGGCAAUUUUCAGUGAAUGUCCUAACGAAGAUCUUAUCUGUUGGAGCUCAAUGAUCAAUGGUUAUGGAAUUAAUGGGCAUGGAAAUGAGGCUCUUCAGUGUUUCUUAGACAUGUUAAACUCUGGGAUUAAACCAAAUGAUGUUGUUUUCGUUUCUGUUCUAUCUACAUGCAGUCAUUGUGGUUUUGAAUAUGAGGGGUGGAACUGGUUUCAUGCUAUAGAAGAGAGAUUCGGUGUUACUCCAAAACUUGUACAUUAUGCAUGCAUGGUUGAUAUGCUUAGUCGUCAAGGCAAUAUAGAAGAAGCUUUUGAAUUUGUCAACAACAUGCCUAUAGAGCAUAUGGAGAACUCUGCUUGCUGGUUGUAG